AUGGUUCUCGCCAUCAGCCUGUCCAUGCUGGCAGCCUGUGGCUCCUCUGCGACUGAGGAACCCCCAGCGGAACCUACCUCGGCGCCGGAAGCGACCUCCGCGCCGUCUGGUUCUUCAUCCUCUGCGGCGCCCACUGCAGCUCCGCAGGCGUCAACCGGUUCCUCAAGCGGUGGGGACACGCCCACUCCGACACCCUAUGCCUUUGCUGCUCGGGCGAUUAUUGAGGAGUUGGACCAGAAAUACCCCUGGCCGCCACAGGCCCCGCCGUGGCCCCCCCGCCGCGGAGGGGUUGCACACCUGACUAUGAGCCCCAUUCCUGAUCUGGACCCAAACAGGGCCCGUAACAACGAGAAUCUGGCCCAGUAUGACGCCCUGCUGGAGUGGGAAUCUACCUGGUGGUUCCCCGAAGUGCAUACCACCCCCACCAUCAGGCCUAACAUCGUCUCAAGCUGGGAGGCAGUGGACCUCGACAGUUGGGACUUCCACAUCGAUCCCCGAUGCCAAAUUCCACGACAUCGAGCCGAUGAACGGCAGUACACCGCGACCGCUUCCGUGGAGAGCGUCGAAGUCAUAGAUGACGACACCGCACGUUUCCACCUGAAGCAGGCGCUGGCCAACUUCCCGCCGCUGUACACCAACGGCUCGACACCGCCUGUCGUCGCCAGGGAAGCCCACGAGAUGGAGGGCGGGCUGCACGAGAACCCGGGCGGAACCGGCGCCUUCCUGCUCAAGGAAUUCUCUGCCGGUGAGGGCAUGCUGUUCACCGCUACCGAUGACUAUCAUCUGGAUCUGAUGGGUGAGCCGCUGCCGUUCCUGGAUGCUGUCCGAUAUGUAUUCACCCGUGACCCGGCAACCCAGGUUGCCCUGUACCGGGCGGAACAGAUCGACCUCUUGCGUAUCAGUUCUUUCGAUAUUCUGGAUCAGGUCCUUAAGUCUGUGCCCGACUCGCAGCUAUACCGUAUUCCCUCCUUCGGCUGGGGCGAUCACGGCGUAUUCCUGAAUCUGGCUAAAGAGCCGUUCAAUGACGUCAACGUGCGACGUGCCAUGUCAAUGGCAAUCAACCGCAACGUGAUCGCCAACGUCAUUAAUGCCGGCGACGCCACUCCCUAUGGACCGAUUCCCUGGGCCGUGGGCGGAUUCACAGAGAUCUCUGACUACAACGUGGACAACCUUGGCGAGUGGUACCAAUACAACCCGGACAGGGCCAAGCAGCUCUUGGCCGACGCUGGUUACGGUGACGGAUUCGAGGUUGAAAUCGAAUGGGGCGAACUCUCCGGAUUUACCUUCGGCGACACGGCCGUUCUGCUGGAGAGAAUGUGGGAAGACAUAGGGUUGGACGUGACCAUCAAGCAGAGCGAAUAUGCGACGUGGUGGUCCAAGACCAAGUGUGGGGAGCCGAUGAAUGACUCCCUGAUCGGCCUGAGCCCCUACGGUUCCGGCCCCACGGCCUAUGACUGGCUGUACCUGCCCUAUCAUUCCAGUUCCAGCGUGAACUGCCCGCACAUCCAGGACGAUAACAUCGAUACUUUGUUGGAUGAAUGGAUCGGCGCAGACGAGGCUCGCCAGCUGGAAAUCCAGUCGGAAUUGUGGGACUACCUGACCGACCAGGUCUACCGUCUGACCACCAUCGUCCCGCCGCACUACCGUCUGACCCAGUCGUACAUGCAUGCGGGCGACAACCCCUACUGUUGGUUCACCGGUUACUGCUCCUACGAGGUCAAGUCGGCUUGGCUGACCGACGGCGCUCCGGAACGCUCCUUCGACAAGUUCGCCGAGUAG